AUGCAGAUCAUGCAAAGAUUCCACCUUACCGCGACCGGCCAUAAUCUCAACUAUCUUCCUGAGUACAUCGCCCGCCGCCAUGGUUACUUCAAAGAGCAAGGACUUGAUUUCGACCUGAAGAUACCAGUUCCAUGGGACGGAGUCCUUGACGACCUAGCAAAAGGCAUUGCCGACAUGGCCCUCGGAGGAAUUUGGGUACCGGCGAUGUAUCGAGACAGAGUCAAAGAUUACACCGUGUUUGCGCAGAUCGCGAAUCGCUGCCCUCUUGCUCUGCUUCGCCGAGGCCACGAUGAAGGAUUCACGUUGACGGAUGUUGCCAAGAGCACUGUUCUCAUGAAAUCAGGUGGCGGUGCCAGCGUGGGGCUAUUCUUCAAGAUGCUGCUACGUGAGAACGGAAUCGACCCAAACUCUAUCAGCUACAUUCAAGAUCUGGAUGGUGCGAUGUUGGCCACUUUGUUUGAAGGUGGCAUGGGAGAUUAUUUCGUUACAGACAAUCUUUCUGCACUGGCGAUGACAUCCAACAACCCUGAAAUUUCAAUCGCAAUGGAGAUGGUCAAGGAGGGUGACAUCCCUUGGAGUGUCUAUUACCGAGAGACGGCCACCGUCACUCCGGAAGUCCUCCAUUUACAGAAACGGUUUUGCAUUGCUCUUAACAAGGGUGUAGACUGGGUUCUGCAACAUGAUGCCGAGUCGUAUAAGGAUGAGCUUGCCGAGUUAUUCCCCGGAGUGUCGGUAGAUGUCGUCGUCGCCGUGACGAAUUCUUUCCGUCAGAACGGCAUGUGGUCAACAACCUGUAUCCCCAAAAAGGCCUUCGAUCGGUGGCAAAAUGGUCUUUCUGAUGCCCGACUGAUAAAGGAGGCUUUCUCCUAUGAUGAAUUGGUGAAUGAUGUACCGGCGACGGAAGCUCAGGUCGAAAUGGAUAGUAAAUAG